AUGAGUGGCUACGACAGAGCAUUAUCUAUUUUUUCCCCUGAUGGACAUAUUUUCCAAGUAGAGUAUGCUUUGGAAGCAGUCAAAAGGGGUACAUGUGCCGUUGGUAUCAAAGGUACCGAUUGUGUUGUUCUCGGUUGUGAAAGAAGAUCAACUCUAAAAUUACAGGACCCCAGAAUUACACCAUCAAAGAUUUCUAAAAUUGAUUCGCAUCUUGUCCUUUCAUUUUCAGGUUUAAAUGCUGACUCGAGAAUUUUAAUUGAAAAAGCAAGAGUGGAAGCACAGAGUCAUAGGUUAACGUUAGAAGAUCCUGUUACGGUGGAAUAUUUGACACGUUACGUUGCAGGUGUGCAACAAAGAUAUACACAGUCUGGUGGUGUCAGACCAUUUGGUGUCUCAACUUUAAUAGCUGGUUUUGAUCCAAGGGAUAAUAAACCAAAAUUAUAUCAGACUGAACCUAGUGGGAUAUACUCAUCCUGGACAGCUCAGACUAUAGGUAGAAAUUCCAAAACAGUUCGUGAAUUUUUAGAAAAGAAUUAUAACCGUGAUGAACCUCCUAAAAAUGUCGAAGAAUGUGUAAGACUGACAGUUAAAUCUCUUUUGGAGGUAGUUCAAACUGGUGCCAAAAAUAUAGAAAUCACAGUAGUUAAGCCAGAUUCAGAGAUUAUCACUUUAACGAAUGAGGAAAUCAACAAAUACGUGAAGGAAAUUGAAGAAGAAAAACAACAAGAGAAAGAAAAUGAAAAGAAAAAGGGAUCUAACUAA